GCAGAGGAUGGUUGCUCUAUUGCACAGAUUGGUACGGUCUCGUGUGGUAGAAAAAUAGAAGAGUGGAGAGGGAAAAUUGGAUUGGAUGCAGAACAGUACGUACUUAGUGUGUAUUGCUUUGCUUGGCCGAUUUCAUUUCACUUGAAUCGAGUUUCAAAAGUAUGAGAACCAGGGAUGGUUUUCUGUGCGAAUUUUGGCAACAGUAUUUGUUGUUCUUGGUGCACCUCUCUUACAGUAUUGCGUUCCGAUCCGGUGGCCGAUCGUGUUGGCAUCUCGCAUUCUCAUCCAUAUUGCAUCGUAGAUUACAGCAGUACCGUACCGAGCCAAACUUUGUUGAAGUUAAGUACGUACCGCAUCGGUUGCUUCUUGGGAGAAAGUGUGAUGUGAAGAUUCGGUUGGCAUGCUUCCGUUCAGCUUUGAGGAAGCGGGAUACAGCAGAAACUUAAUUGUGUUGUACUGGCAUUUGAUCUGCAAUAGUAUUAGGACAGGUGGGCUAUUGUUGUGAAGACAAUAUUUACUCUUCAGACAGAACAUUCURGAAUUCCAUUUUUGGUCCUUUUCUAUCGUUUGUCUCGAUACCUACUAUUAGUACSACAACAAUUUUUACUCCCAAGACAAUUGUAUCCCCAGCAAGCUUCUCUGUUGCUCAGAACAGCUUCGUGCAUGCUUCAUCCACACUUACUAUUACAGCUGACGCAAGAGAAAACAAUUAGAGGCUUCUUUUGGUCUUACGACACUUUCUUUGAACACCAUUGUGUCGUUGUCGUGCAGUGGAACCUAAUGCAGUGGAUAGUUAAGUGACUUGCGUGUUGAAGUUCCAAGAAACGAUAAAUGAUUGGUGGCGUAUAUUUGCAUCCGUGGUGUGUAUCGUCGGUCGUUUGUUCGUGCGAAUCAUGUUUUCUUAACAAGGCUUGUUGAAGAAGUUAGGCUUCUCUGCCCUCCACAGAGAUUACGGCUUCUUGGUUGUGCAGUGCAUUGUGCAUCCAUCCCAAAACGGUACUCGUACUCGUAGUUUCAUCACAAUUUGUUGUUUCCAUUAUUUGAGUUUCCAUUUUGUCGUUCAAGAUCGCUGACCAAUCCCUGUUCAGGACUAUUGCCCCGGUUGACAGGGUGCUUUUUACUCGUACGACGUCACAAGAUAAAAACAGAGAUGAUAAUUCCAAAUGCGUCCUAAACGUUCAAGCAUAGCUUCAAAAAAAGCUUUGUUAGUUUAGUGGUAAAAUAUCUGCCUUCCAAGCAGAUGUCCUGGGUUCGAUUCCCAGACAAAGCAACGUCUGCAUCGACCUUUUCUCAACGUCCAUGUGUGACAUUCUUUUGCCUCCCUCAAUCGCAUCAUUUUGAGACCCAAACUAAACACCCACAACUCCAAAAUCAUUMUUUCAAAUUGUUGCCUUUGGCUAGUGACAAUAGAAUAGAAUGACACAGAUUUUUUACUGGGACGUUCGGUAUCAACGAUUUUACCACGCUAGCCAUGCUACCAGGCAAUACUGUGGUGGUAGUGGGAAUGGAAGCUUGCUGGCGCCCUAAAGAGAGUAUAGAAAAGUACCCGGUGGUACUAGUUGAAGUUAAURCAUCAGCUUAGAAGUUGGUGAUUGAAGAGUUUUUCCAAUAAAGAAGAUGUCUCAAGUUAAUAGAUGGUGGCUAUGCUUAAGUAUGUUAGGCCUACAGAAGGAAAGGGGAAUUAAUUCUCAGAAGUCGAUGAAAGCUCUCAAAAGAUSAUAUCUUCACGACCUUCUUCAAGAGAAUAAAAAUUGUUCGCAUAGUAUUUGUSCAUUGAUCGUGUGCUCUUGCCUCAAUAUCCUUUCUAAAGUACGGUACUACUAAUAACACUCGAUUCCGUUCUGUUUUUCAAACACGAGGUAAUCUCAUCGCAACAAAUUCUUGGAUGCACAUGGAUUCUAUAAUUCGAAAAGGCGUUUGAAUMAUGUUAACAAAGUAGUCCAGCUAGAAUGCAGUUUAGUCCUAGUGCUUCGGUUUUCCCAUCAAGCUCCAGGUUCUUGCCUCCGUGAUUUCCACGUCGACCAAUUCUCCCUUGAGCUCUUCGAAAUUCCCGUCGAAAAACACCUGUCGGCCCUGCCGCGUCCGACCCAUGACCUGUCCGGACCCCCGAGGGUUUUUGUCCUCCACCAGGACCUCCACAGUCCUGCCAAGGUACCGCUUGCUCCGCUCCAGCCCGUGCUUCACCGCUAGCUCCUGGACGCGGGCGAGACGUUCCUUCUUGACGGCUUCGGGCACAACGUCAUCACUCUCAUCGGUCCACGUGGCAGCUUCCGUGUUGGGCCGGGGYGAGUAUGCGAACGAGUUAAGGUUGUCGAACUUCACAGCCUCCAUCAGAUCCAGCGUUCGCUGGAAGGCUUCCUCUGUUUCUCCUGGGAAUCCAACAAUCACGUCCGCCGUGAUGGCCGCAUCGGGCGACGCAGCACGGAUUUUAUUGAUGAUUUUCAUGUAGCUCUCGAAGCUGUAUCCCCGCCGCAUCCGCCUCAGAACGUCGUUAUCACCUGCCUGGAAGGGCAUGUGGAAGCACUCGCACAGGCUGUUGAGGGAGGCGACUGCAUCGAUGACGCGGUCUGAGAAGUACCGUGGAUGGGAAGUCACAUACCGGAUCCUCGUAGGGGGGAGGUUGGCAUCCAAGAAGUGCAAGAGAUCGGCGAAGGACCGCUUCGGGACCAUAUCGCGUCCAUAGGCAUCGAUAUUUUGCCCCAGUAGCGUAAUUUCUUUGUACCCGCGGUUUUCAACGAGAUCCAGGCAUUCUUGCAGGAUGUUCUCCAUCGAACGAGACUGUUCCAUCCCGCGAGCUAAAUCACAAGUGAGUAGGUAAUGGAACGGAAUGACACAAAGGAACACAAAUUGAAGAGGAGAGGUCAGAAAAUAAAUACUUGGAUGCGAACAGCGCAAAAUCUGAGCAGCAAUUCCUUCAUCAUAAAUUACCAAAUUUGACGAAGAAAACUUACUUGCGGGGACACUUUUCGAUCAUUAGAAGGAUUGUUCAAGGUCAACAUAGAAGUAUUGUGUAUCAAUGUGAAUAGAAAUAGAGAAAGAUA